ACAUCAUAAAAUUCCCCUCUGUUGUAUUUGCUGCCACCAACUCGACAAAAAUGUUGGCCAAAACGUUACACAAAACAAUGAAGAGCACGAUCUUGUGAACAGCGAGUCUGUGGCCGUGAUUACUAUCCAGUCUCCAUAGAUACUACAAAACACUACAAAAAUCGAGCAAUGGACGACGAUAGGUCUGCUGAGGAGGUAACUGACGCAAAAAUAAAUAAAUAAAUAAAAAUACAGUAACUAGUAAUAUAUAGACACUACCUCUUUUCAGACAUAAUGCAAACCUGCAACCUUUAUUAUCAUUCACAGACUACAUUUGUCGUAGACGAGAUUACCACAGUUAUCAAAGAAGCUGUUGAAAGUACCAUUGGAAACAGCUCUUACCAGCACAGUAAAAUCAACCAGUGGAUGUCAAGCAUUGUAGAGUCAAGUCUAAGCCAGCUAACUAAAUUAGGAAAGCCUUUCAAAUAUAUAGUGACAUGCAUCAUACUCCAAAAAAAUGGGGCAGGUUUGCACAGUGCCAGCUCAUGUUUCUGGGACAACAGUACAGAUGGGAGUUGCAUGGUACGAUGGGAGAAUAAAACCAUAUACUGCAUAGUUAGUGUUUUCGGUCUUGCCAUUUGAGGAUGAAUAUCAACAUGUAGGCUCCCUCUUGUUCAAUGGUUUUCAAAUGGUUUUGUAAGUCUCAUAAACAAGCAAUGAUGUCCUGGUUUAAUUUGAAUAAAACUUGAAUACAUGUGUUUGUAAUUCUAUUUCUACUACAUGUAUCUUAGUGUAUAUUAAACAAACUAAAUGCAAAAUCUUGUGGAGUAAUGUACAGUGAUUGAUGUGUAUACAAAAUUAACAGAAUAUGAAUUUUCAAAAUCAUUUGUUGUUCUUUUUUAU